AUCAGUCAAUGUCUUGGAGUUGAUGGCGCGAGUACACGCGACACGAGUUGAGUGCGACUGUGACUGCAACUGUGACUGCGACCGUGACAGCGACUGCGACUGCGACGCGUGCGAAACUCAAUGCAAAACAGUGACUUGAAUUGUGGUGAAAACGCGACAGUAACGAAACGCCGCCGCCAGCGUUCGCAACGUUCCACACACCCAAACAAUUGCAUUUUGUUAUCAAUUUUUUUGUGUGCUGUGCCUAAGAGAACCAAACAAAUUGGAUAAGCGAUAAGUGAAUUUGAAGCAAAUGCUAAAACCAUGCUAAAACUGUUUUCAAACAAGCUAAGGUAUCUCUAAACAACAGUUCCUAGUACAAAUACUUAUACGGAUCAUACAUAUAUAUGCGGAUAUAUACUCGUGCAUAUAUAUCUAGAAAGAGUUAAGAGUAAGCACCACGACGUCGUCGCCCGGGUCAAUAAUGCUGGUGCCGUCGGACAUGAUCGCGGCACAGUCCAAGAUGGUUUAUCAAAUGAACAAAUAUUGCGCGGAUCGGGUGCAGGUGCGCAAGGCGCAGAUACACAAGCAGAUCCAGGAGGUAUGCCGCAUCGUCCAGGACGUCCUCAAGGAGGUGGAGGUGCAGGAGCCACGCUUCAUCUCAUCGCUGAAUGACUACAACGGCCGUUUCGAGGGCCUGGAAGUGAUCUCACCCACAGAGUUCGAAAUCAUCAUCUACCUCAAUCAGAUGGGCGUCCUCAACUUUGUGGACGACGGCACUCUGCCCGGCUGUGCGGUGCUGAAGCUGAGCGACGGACGCAAACGCUCCAUGUCGCUGUGGGUGGAGUUCAUCACAGCGUCCGGCUAUCUAUCGGCGCGCAAGAUACGCUCCAGAUUCCAGACGCUGGUGGCGCAGGCGUGCGACAAGUGCGCCUAUCGCGACAUUGUCAAAAUGAUCGCCGACACCACGGAGGUGAAGCUGCGGAUCAGGGAGCGGAUCAUUGUCCAAAUUACGCCCGCCUUCAAGUGCGCCGGCCUCUGGCCGCGAUCGGCGUCGCACUGGCCGCUGCCCGGCAUACCCUGGCCGCAUCCCAACAUUGUAGCAGAGGUUAAGACUGAGGGCUUCGAUAUGCUUUCCAAGGAGUGCAUCGCACUCCAGGGCAAGAACUCCGCCAUGGAGGGCGAUGCCUGGGUGCUCAGCUUUACGGACGCCGAGAAUCGGCUAUUGCAAGGUGCCAGUCGCCGUCGCUGCCUUAGCAUAUUGAAGACAUUACGUGAUCGUCAUCUGGAUCUGCCCGGCAAUCCCGUAACGUCGUAUCAUCUGAAAACGUUGCUGCUCUACGAAUGCGAGAAGCAUCCGAGGGAAAUGGAGUGGGAGGAGAACUGCAUUGCGGAUCGAAUCAAUGGGAUAUUCCUGCAGCUGAUAUCCUGCCUGCAGUGCCGUCGCUGUCCCCACUAUUUCCUGCCCAACAUGGAUCUCUUCAAGGGCAAGUCUCCGGGCGCCCUCGAGAAUGCUGCGAAGCAGGUCUGGCGCCUGACCCGCAUCAUGCUCACCAAUGUGCGCUGCCUGGAGGAGUUGUAGGGAUGCCAGGAUCUUUGUGAGAUGAACGUAACAUUGAAAUUUCCCUCGUUCGUGAAUUUUUAGAUUUUCUUUAGUU